CUGUUUAUAAGCAGAAACUCGCGUUUGCGCUAAUUCAGUGUGUCGCGAGACUUCGAAAAGAUCGUAUUCGUGCGCGCGUUCGCGCUUUCUACUGAUUUUUCAAAAAUAACAAUCACAGGAAAGGUGUAGAAACACACACCGUCAUUUAUACUUUUCAGUGUGAUUUUCGUUUCAAUAAUUUUCAAGCAAAAACGUAUCAACAUUUCCAACUUUCAUUAAAAAUUAGUGCCUUAAACAAAUUAUGAUUUACUCCUUCACAAAAUAGACGUGCCUUCGAUUGUGAUUUGCGAAGAUUUUCAACCACUUCUUCUCCCCGGUUUGCGACAAAAAAGGUUCGUAAAGAUUUAUUUACAUGCAGAUAGACAGUGUCGGGUACACGGAACGGGCGUUACUACUGAUUCCUAGAAAAGCUAUAAUGAAACUCAUAAAGUAAGACAAUGGACUUUAGUUGGAAUCGAACCGUUUUCAUUGUCACCUUCUCACAAAUCAUUGCAAUUGUGUCUUCCACUUCCGGACCCGAAGACUUUCCCAUUGGGGCUGCUUUACAGUUGUCACCUGGUGACGAUGCGAGGUCCUUCGACGACGAGAUUCCCAAUUCGUUCACGUCGGCCUACGUCAACGUAACUUAUAAGGACAGUGCUAAUACGUGGAAAUGGGAACGGACCGAAGUAGGCCGAUACGGUGGUGGAUAUGUAGGUCCAGCGUUCGGUGUGGUUGUUCACGUUACCGCCGAUAACGAUCCCAGCGAUCACAGCGGUUGUCGGCUGCCGUUUCGAAGUAGCCGAGGUGAUAGACAGUUGCCGAAACCGGGUGAGCCGUGGAUCGCUUUAAUUAAACGGGGACAUUGUAAUUUCGAAUCGAAGGUCGAUAAUGCGUUUAAAAGUAAAGCGACCGGUGUUUUAGUGUAUAAUGACAGAGAUUCGGUCGAUUUGGAUAAAAUGAAGUUAUCGAAUGAUAAUGACCGAAAUAUCAGCGCGGUCUUUACCUACAAGUGGAAAGGGGAAGAGAUAGCCAAGCUCUUAGAAAACGACACUAAAGUUCUAGUCCAUAUGACAAUUGCCAGUCGUUCCACUUCACCUUCGGCAACCAUCAACAGAACGUCUGUCCUAUUCGUGUCUGUUACGUUCAUAGUUCUGAUGAUCAUUUCCUUGGCCUGGUUAGUUUUCUAUUAUGUACAACGAUUUCGAUACAUACAUGCGAAGGAUCGACUGUCGAAGAAGCUCUGCAACGCAGCUAGGAAGGCGUUAUCAAAAAUUCCAACGAAAAAUAUUAAAUCUGAUGAUAAUGAAGUACAGGAAGGAGAAUGUUGCGCUAUUUGUAUAGAGCCGUAUAAAAUUUCAGAAGUGCUCCGUAUGUUACCCUGCCAUCACGAAUUUCACAAGAGCUGUAUUGAUCCAUGGUUAUUAGAACAUCGGACAUGUCCAAUGUGUAAAAUGGAUAUCUUGAGGCACUACGGAUUUAUGUUUACGGGUAGCCAAGAAAGCAUUUUACAUAUGGAAAUCGAUGAGGUCGUUGGAUUAGGAUCUAAUGAGAGUCAAGAUUCGGAUAGCCCACGACACGGCGGCGUUAGCCCACUGCCUCAAAUUCGCACUGUCGUUCUGACAGAUCGAAGGAGAUCGUUCGGUAGCUCAAUAGAUGUUGAGGAGAGGAGUAGUCGAGCAUCAACGCCCGAUGAGAUGACUCCUAGCUUAGCCACGCGUCCAGUUCGUCCCGACCUAUGUGCAAACUGCAUAGCCGCAGCCGCCUCGUUGGCCGCUCAAGAUGAAACUAAAACUGUGAAGUCGAUAGUGCAACAAGUGCUCACAUCCGAAAACGUGACAGAUAGUGCGCAAGUACAAAUUGGUGAUAAUACAGAUAGUGAUUCCAAGGUUCUGCUUCGUUAAUUAAACCGCAGUUCUACUUAAAUGUUUUUUGACUGCACCACAUUUUUUCAUAUUAAUCCCUUCAAGUGAUAUUAAAAUUAAUGCGUACUUAUCGAGUACUUAAUUUUUGUUAAGCAUGGCAAGUAGCAUUGUUAAUUUAUCUGUAGUUAACAUUUAGAUGUUACAAAGUGAUUUGAUUACCUUACUAGGAUUUAGGUGGCGCCGGUAAUAUCGCAACCUGACAUAAUCUGAUAAUACUUUUAUAUAUAGCAGCUAUAAACCAUAUUACAUUGCUGCAAUGCUGCUUGUCAGGGAUCAUACACAGUAAAUUUCUUGGUAGUAGAAUAUGGCGGACAUACUAUAAAUUGAGCAAUAGGAUAACUUAACAGAGGCACCUCUAAAUAGCAUUACGCGGGUCACUCUGUAAUUGGGCGCAUGCCUGUUGAGCUGUUGAUAAGCUGAUUUGGUAUUGGUGUAUUUUUAAUGGUUUCGUAAGUGCUAUAAAAUAACAUCCAGUUUAAUACAGUUAAGUGUGAAGAAUUACCAAACUCGAACUUGAUUAUUUCUGUGCCAAAUUAAAAAAAAAUUAUAGCUUCGAUAACCUGAAAAAUUUGCUGGAUUAUUAAUACACCUAUAAUCCAUUCAUAGUGUCUUUGACAUGCAGGCUGGGUAGUAUGCCAAUUUGUCAGGUAUGCUAGAUACUACAGAUACAAAGUCAACACUAUUGCUAACUUUUUUAGUUGUAGAGAGAGAAAGACGGUUGAAUUAUGAAAAUUGUGUAUUUUUAUACUAAAUCAAAACCUGCAAUUAUAAGACUUUGAAGAGCCUUUACAAUAACGUCAUUUUAUGAUUUUCAUGGAUAACUAAAUCAAAAUAAAAAUAAUUGAAAAAUCUUGGUAAUUUGAAGUAUUUUGGCUAUGGUGCAACAAGAACUUUUGUUGUUAGUAUCUGAAAAAUGUGAUGUUGUUUUGUUUUUUAAUGAAAGAUUUGGAUUCAGUGUUAAUAGACAACUUUCAUAAUUUAACAGUCUUUCCAACUCCGCACUUGAGAAAGUUACUAAGAGUAAUUUGAACCAGAUUGUGUAUUGUUUGUGUAUAUCUGUGGAUAUGCUAGGCGAAUGUUUCUUCUUGCUAAAUUUUGAGAUUUUUAUUCCCGAUGUCAUGUUUUUUCAAAACAUUUUAAGAGUAUAUUGUAAUAACAUUUUUUAAAUUGCAACCGUGAGGAAUGUCUCAUAGUUAAUAGAUUAUUUGUCUAGCUUCAGUUACAACACAUUCUCUAAGAUGGAAAAAAUCAAAUUUUGUACAAAAGUGUAACUAAACUGUUCAGAUUCCUUUCUGUACCACAUUCUCUACUUCUCAGCUUACAACAGUAUUCUAAGCAUUUGUCUGUUGGCGCACUUUUUAAACGCUGGAGCUUGUUUGGCUUAGUUAAUUGGAUCCUCAAUUGUGACAUUGAGAGUUCAUUGUUUGGAUCCGGGUUCAAGCAUGGAUUUUGUGUACAGUGAGUUGGGUUGCGACACAGGUAAUUGUCAACCUCGCUGUCAUCUCAUUCAUAAAGGAGUUUCUUCCCUAUUAAAAAAUUCAUAUUAGAAUUGUUUAGAUGUUGAUUUUCACCCGGAUUUUAGUCAUAUUUUAACGACUGGUUCGGUAGAUUUCUGAAUAGCAGAUGAUUCUGAUCCUUUAAUUAGGUAUCAUAAAUUCGAUUUAAUAAACAAAUGAUCAAGUUUUGAUUUAUUUUUUAGACUAACUCGAUUUAUCCAAGUUAUUAUCAGGUAAAGCUCUUCAAAGUACAACCGAGUCCUUUUUUUUACUCGUGACAAUGUUUCUGUUCUGUUAAAAUAAUCUAUUAAUUUGAAUGUGUGAUAACUUCAAGGGUAAAUUACUAAAAAUAACAUUGUAUGAAAAACAGUUCAUAAAUAUUAAUUGUGAACUUCUUAUUUUUGAAAAAUUGAGCAGCUAUAAAGGAACAGGUUUCAAAAUUAAUUAAUUAUUGCAAAUUUAUUUGUUUAAAUUCAAAUAUGCCAUAUGCUACUUUGAUAGUUUUGUCAAAACAAUAUUUCUUCUUUGUUUAUUUGAUGCAAUUGGAAUUUAAAUUGAGUGUCGCAAAGGUAAGCUGUAUACGAUGUUUGUAAGUAUUGGUUCUAUCGAAAAAUGAUUUAUGUUGUUCAGUUCUUCGGUUGUGUAUAUACGAUAAUACCAUUAUUGAUUUUAAGAAGUUGGAGCGCGUUUGGGUACUGCACUGGCAUGUGUUUUGCAUCCCAUCAUUCUUUAACAGAAGCUCUUUAUAAUGUCCAAUCUUCGAACUGUUCAGAAUGGUCAUAAGGUAGAGUCCACCCAUUUCGUUUUGCUUUAAUAUUUAAUUUUAUGCCAAACUCACCACCUAAAAAUCACACUUUAACUUUUCAAAAAGCAGUAGCUAUUGUUGUCCUUCCAUUUGCUGCUUACAAUUUAGUUUUAGUUUGAAAUGUGCAAUAUUUGAUUCCCAUCACACAGCAUGUCGAAAACACAUUAAAUGGAUUAUGCAAUACCACGUGGCGGUUUUGGCAGAUUUACUAAACAUUAGCGGGAAUGAAUUCACAGCAACAUUUGAUCUCCUAAGGUAUACUGUGUGGGUGUAAUUUUACAGAACUAGUCAUUUAUACACCGUCAGCUACAGUUCGUAAGGGUAGCAAUUUUUAAAAAAUUUGUAACGUGUGUGAUCUAAUUUGGUUGUAAAUAAUUGAAAAUUAUAUUUUAUGCUAUUAUAUUAUAACGACUGAAGAAAAAACAAAGACAAAAAUAAAAAUUUGAAAGUGC